AUGGCUCUGAAGCCAUCUGCUUCCAUGCCAAAACCCUCCAAUAUUCUCUCUCUCAUCUUUCUCUCUCUAACCCUCCUAUUCCUAACCUUUACUUUCCGGUCCCAAAAAAAUCUUCAACUCCAAAAUGAGACCCAACCCCAAGACACAACUUCGCAUUUGAAAGCACAAAAACCCAGAUGGUACAACGUUGUAAAACAAGAAAUCGAGAGCAAAAAAAUCAAGAUUGGCUUAGUUAACAUGGAUGACGAAGUCACAACAGAAAAUGAAGCACUGCAUGGAUUAGCAGACUCAUUAACAACAGUAGUUUUCGAUCGUGUGGCAGAGAAUCAUCGGUGGGAAGACUUCUUCCCUGCAUGGAUUGAUGAAGAUGAGAAAUGGCAUGCUCCCAAGUGUCCCGAUAUUCCGAUGCCGCCACAGUUGGGAGACUACGGGGAGCUGGACGUCGUGGUGGCUAGGGUUCCAUGUGGGAGAGGUUUGGAGAGAGAAGGUGUUAGGGAUGUGUUUAGGUUACAGGUAAAUCUGGUGGUUGCUAAUCUGGUGACUAGGAGUGGAUCAUGGGAAAGUCAUGAUCAUGAGAUUGAUCGGACGGUGUAUGUUGUGUUUAUAGGGUCUUGUGGGCCCAUGUGGGAGAUUUUCAGGUGUGAUGAUUUAUUGUGGCAUGAAGGGGAUUAUUGGGUUUAUAAACCUGAUUUGAAAAGAUUGAAACAGAAGAUGGUCAUGCCUGUUGGGACAUGCCAGAUUACUCUUCCUUAUGCAGGGCCAACUCGAGAAGUGUGGAGAAAGAAUGUUGCUGGCUCAAUUGCAAAUAACAUUCUCUACAAAAGAAAAGAGGCCUAUGUGACUAUCCUCCAUUCCUCAGAAGCCUAUGUUUGUGGUGCAAUAGCUUUAGCCCAAAGCAUCAUCCAAACCAACUCCACAAAAGACCUAGUCCUUCUAGCUGAUGACUCCAUUCCUGCAAAGUCCCUGCAAGGUCUCAAAGCUGCAGGAUGGAAAAUCAAGCGCAUUCAACGCAUACGAAGCCCACAAGCAAAGAAAGAUGCAUACAAUGAAUGGAACUAUAGCAAGCUCCAAAUGUGGAGACUCAUCGAGUACGAUAAACUCAUCUUUGUAGACGCAGAUCUCUUGGUUCUUAGAAACAUGGACGAAUUCUUCAUUUACCCACAAUUAUCCGCGGUUGGAAAUGACAAGUUCUUGUUCAAUUCCGGGGUGAUGGUAGUUGAGCCAUCAGAGCGUACAUUCCAAACCUUGAUGAAAAAUCGGUUUGCAGUGGAUUCGUACAAUGGUGGGGAUCAGGGUUUUCUUAAUGAAAUGUUUACAUGGUGGCACCGGUUGCCUUCACGGUUAAAUCGUCUCAAGAUCUUCCUAAGUAGAGUGCAAAACACUGAACACGAAGUCCCAAAUGAUGUGUACGCGAUACAUUACUUAGGUUUGAAGCCAUGGAUGUGCUAUAAGGACUAUGAUUGUAAUUGGGAUAUGUUUGAUCACCAGCAUUUUGCUAGUGACUCUGCUCACAGGAGGUGGUGGCAAGUUUAUGAAGCCAUGCCGAGGAAGCUGAGACAAUACUGUGCUCUAACGAAACGUAUGAAUGCAAGAAUACAGAAGUGGAGGGAGAGAGCUAAGAAUGCUAGAUUGUCUGAUGGGCAUUGGAAGAUCAAGGUGCAAGAUCCUAGACAGCAUUGCUAGUUAUGAUUUUAUUUUAUUUUAUUUUAUUUUUAUUUUAGUUUUUCUGGAAAUUCAAGCAAUUUGUAUAAAUUUAAGUAAUAGCUAGCUGCAGUGUUCCAUUGCUUAUGAAGUUUGUAACACGGUAAACAAUGUUUCCUGAAAUCGUCAAUAGUGUUCUCAAGAAGGAAUCAUAAAACACAUUACUGAUUACACAGAAUUAUUUACACACAUAACUAGUAUAUUAUAGUUUUUGCAUUGCUUAUAUAUAUGCUA